AUGGUAGUUGUUUCUUUCUUUUCGCCACCUUACUCAUUUAGCUUCCCAUAACACUGCUUAAGGCAUCGUGCAACAUGCCAAUGGUAAGUAUACCGGUCUGAUUUUAUUUUGCUAUUAGCUAGUCGAACUCAAAAGUGGCGAUACGUAUAACGGACAUUUAGUGGCAUGCGAUGACUGGAUGAACAUUCAUUUAAAGGAGGUUAUCUGCACGUCAAAGGUAUGGGUACGCUUGGUGCUGAUGUUUUCUCAGGAUGGUGAUAGAUUUUGGAAGAUGCCUGAAUGUUAUAUCCGUGGGGGAAUAAUAAAGUACCUCCGGAUCCCUGACGACGUUAUAGACAAAGUUAAAGAAGACAUGCAAGUCUCACGCAUGCGAAACAGAAACCAGGGCGGAGGUGAAGGUGGUGGCCGCGGGGGAGCUCGAAAUAAGUUCAGAGGUACGUCGGUCGUGUCUACUGUCGUGUCAUCUUUCCAAUAGUCUGCCGUCCCAGUUGGCCUUUGUACUUCGAAGGGAAUCCGCUUCCUAAACCCCAGAGCUUGUAACUCAAGCAUACUUUAAUUGCCGCCAUUCCCUGCUCUUAAAUGUCCCUCACUAUGCUUGCAUUCUCACAAUCAAAAUAGUCAUUCUAAUCAUUUGCAUCCGCUCUCCUCGUCAGAGCAAUUCAGCAAUUGAUCUAGACGCCAGACAAUGUAGAUGCCAUAAUCAGCUGGGUGGCACUUAACGUGUGAUGAGGGUAUGGUCAAAGUGAGAGAAUGGACUACUAUCGAAGCCUAUGAGACGCAUAAAUGCGCUCAUUCGCUUAAGCGGCUUGAUCGGCUUCUCUCUCAUUUUGCAUUUGUCUAUAUCUAUCUAUCUAUCUAUCUAUCUAUCUAUCUAUCUAUCUAUCUAUCUAUCUAUCUAUCUAUCUAUCUAUCUAUCUAUCUGAUAUAUCAGAUAUAGUCUUAAAAUAUUUUUUAUGAAAUAGUAGGUAUUAAGUUUCGCCAUCCAAGUGUUCGAUAUUCCUAUCUCCUUUACAGGUGCUCAUCGUGGUGGUGGACUCGGACCGCGCGCCGGCCGCAUUGGUUCCGGCGGCAAUCGUGGCGGUCAUAAGGACAUGUGA